CCGUGCUCUCCCCAGCGACAAUAAUUUAGAGCUUCUCGCGCAAUAUCGUCGCUGUUUCCUUACCCAUUAGUUCCGCCUCCUGGCGGGUAGAUACACGCAUAGUAAACUACCUGCGCUGUCUGUGUUAUCUCUGAUUUCAAUUCCCCUUGCACUGCUCGGGACAUUGCGAUGAUGAAAAUUCGAUGACGCCUCGAUUGCGUAAAGCCAACAAUAAUUACCUACCUAUGCACCGCCCAACACCAAACUAAUAAACCCACUAUGCGACAACCAACCUCAAAUAAACAUCAACCAAGUCCCCCAAUUACAAUCCCAUAAAUCUCGAACCCAGCCAUGUACAUCCCAUCGGCACAAAGCGUUCUCGCAGCAGGACUCGCCCUCACGGGCAUUCUCAAGGGGCCACGCACCAUAGCCUCAGGCACAAUCCUCGACUACGCCCCCGAAACCUGCAAAGACGCGUCCGGCGCCGCGCGCUGCACGCCGCCCUUCAUAGUCACGAAAUUGACGUGCUACCGUCUAGAAUGGAAGACCGAGGGUGCGCUCACGCAUACCACGGCCGAGGUGCGGGAUGCCGGGUCCGGGGAGCUAGUGUUCUACCGCGAUACGGAUGGGAAGUGGACGCCGGAGCUAGGGGAGCUUGUUUAUCUCGAUUUCAAACCUAAAGUUCCGGCGACGGGGAACCAAACUGUGCGGUAUUUAGUUAGGACCUGCGAAUGACGCAGGAGGCUGAGGAUUAAAUGAGGGGCUUGUUGUUAGGUGGAGGGGCAGAGGGGAUGGCGUUAAGAUUAUUGUGGCAAAAUAUGGGAUGCAUUAUUGGCUAGGCACAAUGGUUGAUUUAGUAACAGCUCAUAUGAUAAGAACUAAAGGGAU